AUGGAGAUGGGUGCUGAAUGUCCGCAGUGGGCGCUGUAUCUUUUUCUGUCCUUGGCUUUCCUGGUGGCUUUCAACUUUGUCAGCAAGGUCAUCAUAGAGACGACCUUCUUCGUCUAUUCGUCCGGCGGCUGCAACCACAUAUUCGCCGGUAUUUUCGCAGCAGUGAGCAAGCACACGACCACCUGGAACGUAUUGAUUGUUGCAGCCGAGCUGUUCUCGAUCUGGGUGAGCAUUAAGUUUACCUGGAGUGGCAUUAAGUGGCACAACCAGAGCAUCCCAGACUCCAUCGAGAGCUGCUGA